UUGGGAAGAGGAGUUUCCCUGCGUGCAUUUCCAUCCUGCUCGGACCUCUGUUUGUGUCUCUGGAAGAUUCAGCACACCUUUGCAAGAUGCCGCCCAAAAAGGUUGAACCAAAGAAGCCAGAGCCCAAAAAGCCCGAACCCAAGAAAGAGGCAGCUCCAGCAGCAAAGCCUGCUCCUCCUCCACAGCCAGAGCCCGAGCCUCCCAAAGAGCCGGAUUUUGACCCAAAAAGCAUCACCCUCGAGUACACGGCCGACCAGAUUGAGGAGUUCAAGGAAGCUUUCACCUUGUUUGACCGCACACCAACAGGAGAAAUGAAGAUCACAUACGCUCAGUGUGGAGACAUGAUGCGGGCUCUGGGCCAGAACCCCACCAAUGCAGAGGUGAUGAAAGUGCUUGGGAAACCAAGGCCAGAGGAAAUGAAUACUAAAAUGUUGGACUUUGAGACAUUCUUGCCAAUGCUGCAGCACAUCUCCCGUUCCAAAAAUCAAGGCAACUUUGAAGAUUUUGUGGAAGGGCUGAGGGUUUUUGACAAGGAAGGCAACGGUACCAUCAUGGGAGCCGAGCUGCGGCAUGUGCUAGCAACGCUCGGGGAGAGGAUGACUGAAGAUGAAGUGGACAGACUGAUGGCAGGGCAGGAGGAUGCCAACGGAUGCAUCAAUUAUACCUCCUUCGUAAAGCACAUUCUCUCUGGUUAGCAAGGACAGUCAAGUUACAAAGACUUCUCAUCUUUUUAAUUAAACCCUGAUUUGACUAAUUAGAGGUGAGGUUGUCAUUUAAUCAGUGAUAUGUUAAUGCUGUCAAGCAUGAAGAUUGUAAUACAUGAAUGAAUAACCUCAACGACUUGUAAUUUUGAGAGUCCUGUGAGAUCCUGUAGACAUAAAAAAAGUUUUAAUAAAGUGUAUCUAAUUACAAAAUGC